AUGUCGGACGACGGGACAAGAAGUCGGCGGGCGGAGUCGUCACGCCAAGGUACGUACCUUCCCUUUCAGCAUCCCACUCGGAUUGCCCCCACAGACCGGACCGGCCAACCAAACGGACGCGAGGCUGCCGCUGCUGCUCGUAAGCCCCGAGGCAGCUCCAGGCUUUCAUCAUCAUCAUCAUCAUCAACCGAACUCGCAAACCUCCACCGCACAUUGCCCAUCACCAUCCUCCCACUUCACGCUGCACCAGCACGAGACACCACCGCAGAUUUCCCCCCUCGUCCCCCCGCCAGGAUGUCCAUGCGCAUCGUCCCCGCAAACUCCAACCCGGAGUCCUUCACACACACAUCACACACCUCGUCCGCCCCCUCCGCCCCCGGCAUCCACGACACUCUCCGUCACGGCGUCGGCCAGUCACCCUACGACGCGGCCACCAAUAAGCCCGCGUCGGCACACCCCCUCGAAGCCCGCCUCAAGAACUGGGAAGCGACACAGGAGGCUGUUCGGAUGGAAUCUUUCCGUCGCACAUUCGGCAUCGCUGAGCCCGUCCGUCGAGGCAUGGAGCUGAAGAUUGUCAGAGACAGCGAGUGGCGGCCCUUGGCGCUGGGCAACGGCCUGGCCAGCGUCCAUGAGGAUAUUUUGAAGGCGCGAGAAGAUAUGAUUACUUGGGAGGAUGUCUUCACUGGCGAGGAGACGAGGGGUGUGCCCGCGGUUCACGAUGAAAUGGAGAAGAAGCUCAAAAUUCAGUAG